AUGGAGUGCUCGUGGAAAACCGUGCUGCUGCUGGUGUGCGCCUCUCUGGGGGUGCAAUACACAGCCAUCCGCACCCUGAGGGACUCACUGUCUGUGCCCUGUCCCGGGGCGUACAGCUGCCAGGGUCGCCGCCACCGAGAAUCCAGACUCCUGUGCGACAGCUGGCCGUCCCCGGACCUGCCGCGGCGCCACAUCCUGCUGUUUGCCACCACCCGCAGCGGCUCCUCCUUCACCGGCCAGCUCUUCAACCAGCACCCGGAGGUCUUCUACGUCUUUGAGCCCCUCUACCACGUCCAGCAGGCCUUCACCAACUCCAGCAGCCGAGUGCGCCGCAUGCUGGACCGCAGGGCUCUGCUGGGGGCCUACCGCGACCUCCUCCUCAACCUCUACACCUGCGACCUUCACUUUAUGGAGAACUACAUCCACCCGGAGCCGCAGGAACACAUGACCAGCUCCUUGUUCCGUAGAAGUUCUAGUCACGCCUUGUGCUCGCCGCCGGUGUGCGCGGAAAACCCAGACACGGUGUUAGAAGCUCCGGACGAAAGCUGGUGCCCGAAAAAAUGCGGCGCCCUCAACUUCACGCUUGCCUCCGUGUCGUGUUUGUCGAAAGGACACGUCGCCAUCAAGACGGUGAGGGUUCCGGAGGUGGGCGACCUGCGAACGCUCACGGAAGAUCCACGGUUGGACCUCAGAAUCAUCCACCUGGUGCGGGAUCCAAGAGCCAUACUGGCGUCGCGUAUGACGGCGUUCGCGGACCAGUUCAGGGCCUGGAAGAUCUGGAACGCGACCGGGAGGCAACCUCGCUACGUGGACCUGACGCAGAUCACCAGCACGUGCAAAGACAUCUCGGCGUCUCUGGAAACCGCACUGCAGAGACCGCCCUGGCUCCGCGGACGCUACUAUCUUGUGCGUUAUGAGGACCUAGCUCUCAACCCCAAAGAUAAGACCGAAGACAUUUACCGGUUCGCAGGACUGGACGUGGACCAGAGGGUUCUGACGUGGAUUAAUAAGAACACCAACAGUAACAAUGGUUCGCCGUCGGACUGGAACUAUAAAUACUCGACGAGCCGAGACUCCCGAGCGGCCGCGGAGAGCUGGAGGCUACGGCUGAGCUUCGACAUCGUGAGGACCGUACAGAAUCUUUGUAACCACACGCUCUCUCUGCUGGGGUACCGACCUGUGCAUUCAGCCACACAGCUGCGCAACCUGUCGCAGAGCCUGGUGGAGCUCAGGACCUUCCAGCCAAUACUAUGA